AAAUCGAGCCAGCAAGCCUGGCUCAAACGGCUUCAAGAAAAAUGUAUGAGAAUGACGUUCGUGCCAGGGAUGUGGUAAUUUUAUUUCUCAAAAAAAAACUUUAAGUAAUAGUAAAAUCUGUGAUAAUGGCCAGCCCAAUUAUUACCCCGUCGCUCGUACAAUUGCAAGCUCAGUUCAAAGAGGUGGUCGGAAACAUAUUAAACCGGUGGACAGGCCUUCGAUUGGCGGUCGAACAUGGCAUGGGCGGUGCGUUAGGAGUUAAUACUGCAAUAGAAAUCAUUGAUUACAUCACUUGUUACUGCACAGAAAACAAAAAAGUAGAUUCUUAUGAUUUACGGGAAAUUCUUGAAGAAAUCAUGGAUCAAGAAUUUCAGACCAUAUGUGAGGAUGAAUCGAUUGAUGAAAUAAGCGACAUUCUGAUAAAACACCUGAACCUUCUGAAGGACGGCAAAUCAGAGCAGGUGAAUGCCGAACUUAGUCGGUUAGGACCCUGUGAGAUUUGGAUCAAAUCGGGUAAUCACAUAAAAAUGCAGCGCAUGGAUGAUAGUAGCGAAAGCGACGAGGAUGACGACGAUAACGACGACCAGGAUCAAGAUAUGGAAACGGAGCCAACGGGUGGAAGUGCGGCACCGAGUACGCAAGGGUCUACCACCGAAUUCGUUGAAGAAGACGCGGAUCCCGGCUGGACUCAGGUACGCAAUCGAAGGCGAAGAUAAAUGGGUAAUAAAAAAAAAUCAAAGUCAUUGGAGAUGAA